AAUACCUAAACAUUUAUACUUGAAUCCAACAAUUAACAUCAAUAUUUAACAUUUAUACUCAUAAAAUAAAUAAUAAAAUAAUUUUUAACAAUUAAAAUCACUAAAAUAAGAUUAUUUUACUUAAAGAUUCGUAUAUCGAUCAUGUCGGUCAUACCGGUGGUGUCACGCCGAUUUUAUGACCGAUACAGGUUGAUCCAGGUACAACCGGUGGCACGCCGGCCGGCGUGACAACCCUCAUUGCCACUUUCCAGGAUAGCACUAAUAGGGUACAAAUCCUAUCUACCCAACAAACGGGCGACGGUCGUGGGCCAGUCAGCGUUAGGUUUUAAAAGCUUGGGCUGGGCUCUUUACGGAUGAUCCAAUUUUCUCGAAAAACGGAAAGGUUACAGCCCAGCCCAUCAAUAUCAUAUAUUGGUGUGUGGUCUGUGCCUCUGUGUAACCCUGAAAGUUUGUUUCUUGUUAAAAAUGAUAGCCUUUUACAUUAGGGAUUUGGAUUGGCAAACAAACAUUUUACGGGAUGUUGACCUCUUCUCUAGUAUCCCGUCGUCUGCUGCGCGAUUCGUCUGCUGCGCUUCUGUUCCAGAUUAUCCAUGGCGGCGAACAACAGCACCUCGGCUUCUGAUCGGCAGCUAAGCUCGUGGUUUUUGCCGUGCAGCUCCAGUAAACGACGGCGGAUACAAUCAACAGAAGUAAACUCUCCUCCUCCUCCUCCGACGACAAUCGUUCAAUUGGGAGACGAUCUCCUCGCAGAAAUCCUGAUUCGCCUCCCGAACCCCAAAUCCGCCCGUCGCUGCAAAGCCGUCUGCAAGCGAUGGAAGUCCCUUAUCUCCGAUCCAGUCCGCUUCAAUCGCCGUUUCGUUUCCCACCACCAUAGCAGGAACUGGCAACCUCCUCUCCUUCUACACUCAGACGACCCGCAAUCGAUCAUCACGAGCUUCAUCCCCAUGGAUACUACAUUUGCCCAAGACUCCUUCGCAGUAAUGGAUGCUUACAGGGACUUGGUUCUGUGCGGGUUUGCGGAUGCGGGUCCCGUCAGCGACGUCUACGGCAAACUGGUCACCGAAUUGUACAGAUCCUACUUCCUCUGCAAUCCGUUUACCAAGCAAUGGGUCGCCCUCCCUUUGGCGCCCGAAUUGCCCACGGGGUGUGGGUACUACUUUGCAAGGUUAGUUUGUGAACCCCGUAUUUUGAAUAGUCUCGAUCUAGGAGGUGACCGAGGCUUCUUUCAUUCUGAGUAUCGAUUCCGAGUGGUGUGUCUAUACCGGGAUAAGGACUCUACAAAGUUAGACAUGUUCUGUUCGGAUGCUGGGGAAUGGACGAAGGACAUUCUUGUUCUUCAUCGGUAUCGCCAAUUCAUGGCCAGAAAUAUAGUUUCCUGCAAUGGGGAGUUGUUUUGGAGUUAUGGUGUUCGAAGCCAAGAUCCUGGUGAUGUGCACCCGAUAAAGCCUUUCGUUGCUGCUUUUAAUCCUUUCCGUCCUGAUUCACCUCCCACUGCCAUUGAAACUCCAUUAGUCUAUGGGAAAGGGGGGUGGGAUAUUGGUGUCUCGCAAGGCGCCCUGCACGCGAUUGUAUUCGAAGAUCGAAUUGAACCUGGUCGUACGCAGAUCGCGUUGAGCUUGUGGAGACUAGAAGAGGACCGUAGAUCCUGGAGGAGACUACGUGACGGGUUGAUGAAGGGAUCAAUGUUGCGUGAACUCCGCACCUAUGUUCGACCUUGUUUUCAUCCAGAGAAGCCGGAAGUUUUCUUCCUCCGUCAUUGUGAUGGUACUGGUGAUGGUGAAAUUGCUGCUUUGUCCUGUGAUUUGGGGGCGGGGGGAGAGCUGGAGCUCUAUGCUAAAGGAAGACCAUUCUUAAGUUAUUGGAAGUUGUUCCAAGCUGAGUUCUCUUGCUGGCCGACUUCGAUUCCAAGGUACGAGGAAUUGCGAGUUAUAUAUGAUGGAAGCCACAGCUGUUGGGUUCAGAGCCAGAAUGAGCCAACUACAAAUCCUUCAAUAGCUGGUACUUCUGCUUGUGAGUCUCUGCUAGGUUAGUUAUGCUUGAGGAUUAUAGCGAAGGGGCUCAAACUUUUUUACCCGCCCCGUCCCGUAGUAGCGUGGGGUGGGACAUGGGAAUUGAGGUACCCGCCCCGCCCCAUUGCCAUCACUAAGGAUUACUUAUAGUAUAUUUAAAUUUGAAAAAAACAAGUAAUUAAUGUGAGGUAUUUAA